GGCAGUCCCCUAUUUAAACAACAUUACUGCAAACUCACGUAUAUAUUUUUCCAUAUUCGGGUGUCUAAAUACCAAAUUAUGGAUUAAAUGCUAAAACCGCGCAUUAAAGUUAUUUUUGUUAAUCACUGGACGAUUGGCGACUUUUAAAAGCCGGUCUUUGAGGCUCAAGACCGUAUUGAAGAAGACUGCAUGUGAAGAGAGAUUUCAGUACAAACGCGGGAAAUGUUGAUAGCAGACAACUAGUAAUUUACAGCAGGAUGGUAUGAAACAGGAAAAUGUCAGUUUCCAUAGCUCGCAGACCGUCGACGAUGUCCGGCGGAAGUCAGCGUCGCCAGUCGUCUGCUCAGUUCGAGAGUCAGAGAGAGGACUUCAAACGGCGCCAAUCCGUCAAAUACCAGUUUCCAACCUUUAUGCUCACCGAGGAAGAAGAAGCAGCUCUUAUUAAUGAGAGCAAUGUCAGUGAAGAAUUCAUCCGGAGGGAAGUCUUCGGCCCACCACUGGAGGAGACCACCUUAACUUACGUAGACACCACUGUGACCAGGCCAACCACUGCAAGUGCACGAAGGUCAGUUUUGUGGUCACACGAGCGCAAAGCCUACGAAGAGCAGCAUACGAAAACAAUGAGAGAAUUCAAAAGCAGACCAUACAUGCAGCACAAAUAUCCAGAACUAAAGAAACAUUAUCCGGGCACUUGGAGGGUUGUGGAUGCCCAUGAACUUAGUAGUAUUGUGGACAGGUUGUGUAGGCCCACUGCUGUAAGCAGGAUUCGCGCCCAGUCUGCUCCGCUACUGCACAAACGAAAACAAAAUAACAGGACAAAGACAUUUUCAUCAUCAUACUGAUUGUAUAAAGAUGGUGCCAGCUCAUUUCAACAAUACAUGUUCAGAACAUGUUGCAAUACUCACAAAGCGUGUCUAUUCUUUCAUGAAAUGUUCAGCCUUCUUUAAAACAGUAUUUGACUAAAAACAGUAUGUUUGUCAUUUUCUCUAUAUAAAUGGUUUUACUUGUAUAUGAAUGUUAAUCCCGAAACUGAGAUUUCAUUAACGGAACCCACGUAUGUUUUGUUGAUGUACAUCAUGCAUGUAAUUUUGUAUUCCAAUAAUUUCAUCCUCGUAUUUGUAAUGCAAGAGCGUUCAAAAAUUAAUUGAGUCUCGUACGCAUCUAACAAAUAGUAGUGCCAUCUCAGUCGAAGUGAUAAAAGAUGUGUUAAUUAAAUAAAUAUAUAGGCCUACUAUAUUGUCUUGCAUGAUUUGUGAUACGGUUUCAUCAUUUGCAUUACUUCUGUGUUGUCUAAUAAAUAAUGAAAUGUUUAUUUUAUUCUAGUUGUAAACAAGGCAGUGAGAUAAAAAUGUAUAUAUAAACA